UUUUACGCAUAUUUACAAGCUAAUAAGCUGUCACUUUCACAUUGUUUAUUAGACACAGACCAUAUAAGAUCAUUAGCGGUUGUAUUUUACGUUUAUACAUAUAUAUAUCUUAAUUGCGUUUUACAUUACAAACAACGUAAUAUAUUUUUUUUUAUACAUAACAUGUCAGAUUUUAUAGAGAAUCAAGUUCAAUUACUGCUUGCCGGACAAGCAUUAGAAAAUGAUGACAUAUGUAAUGUACAUACCCUGGCAAGUGACACAAUAGGUGCAAAAUCAGGUCAACUAACAGGACAUGUUCCCAUUUGCUCGAAAACAGUGACAUACAUAGUUGCUGCUGUUGUUAUAAAUGAUCAAGGUGAAGUAUUAAUGAUGCAAGAAGCAAAAGCUUCUUGUACUGGAAAGUGGUACAUACCAGCUGGUAGAGUAGAGAAAAAUGAAAAUCUGAUAAAUGCUGUGAAAAGGGAAGUCUUAGAAGAGACAGGUCUAGUAAUAGCGCCAACAACUCUAAUAUUGGUAGAAUGUGCAAAUGGUACAUGGUUUCGCUUUGUAUUUACUGGAGAUAUAGUUGGUGGUGUUCUAAAAACACCUGAUCAGGCAAAUGAGGAAUCCUUACAAGCAUGUUGGAUACGAAAUAUAAAUGAUUUGCCACUAAGAUCCAAUGAUAUUAUAUAUCUCCUAGACAGAGGCACAAGUUAUGUUUCAAAUAAGUCUACUUCUCAACAUCCUUAUUUAAUGCCUAUGACCAAACCACAUACAAAACUAUUGCUGAGAUUAGUAGUCACAUCCAAAAAAAGAGCAACGAACAGAUUACAUGUGCUUAUAUCUGAUACUGAACAAUAUAAUCUACCAAUUUGUGAAAUUAAUCCAAAUCGUAGUUUACUGUCUACUUUACAUAGCUUUAUGACAGAAAUAUUUGGAAACGAUGUAGCACAACAUAAACCACAUGGUUUAUUGUCUAUAGAAUUUAGUGCUGGACAAGGAGGAGACGGUCUAUGCUUGACAUUAUUGGUGUCCUUCAAAUUGCCUUUGGAAGAUGUGCCUAUAAUUGGAAAAUAUAUUUGGCAUGAGCUUUCUGAAAAUGUAGCAGAAGCUCUUGCAACACGUCUGCCGCGAAACAUGACUGUCCCUUUAAAAGUCGUACGUUAAUUGCAUAUAACUUUUGUUAAGCAAUUAUAUUUAUUUACAAGGCUCAGAAGAGAAAGAUUCUUUUCUAAAAUAAUGUUUAUGAUGUUAACAUCGUAGCUACCCUAGUCUAUACCAAUGACUUUAUAACAGGUAUUAAUAUCCAGUAAAACUUACAUUCCAU